CGUCGAGGCUGUCACAAAUUCUCUCACCGCUCUCUCACCACCUCGACUCACCAGGCAGCGUCGUCCAAAGUGCAAGACCAUAUUCCUCAGGUCUUUCGAUUGCUUAAGGUGUAAUGGCAAUAUGCACUUACUUCCUCAAAGGUCAAUGUCGUUUUGGCGAUAAAUGUCGAAACGAGCAUCCAGCAGGGGGCCAGGCACAAGGCUCUUUUGUAAAUCAGUCUUGGAACAGAGGGUUGACCAGCUCGAGUAACCAAAACAGUCCACUUUUUACUGUCGACUCCAUAAAGAAUGAUCUGACUCCUCAACUCGAGAAACCCCUUUGGCCUUUGUCCUCUUACGCCGCUGCCAAGUACGAAACCAACUUGAUAUCAGGACUCGACGAAUCUUUCGAAGAAUUACGAUGCAAAGCGGUCACUGCCAUGGGAGCGGGGAAUGUCAGCCAAUAUAUACAAUAUGAAACGGACAGAAUCAGUCAGGCCGAAAAGUCCAUUAGCGAUGCGCGGAAUAACGUUCAACAAGCCUAUGACCAGGCUGUCAAGCAAAGUAAUGUUACAUCAAUGUUGAACAACUCGAUAAGCGGAUCCGAUUCGAGUAGCAAUGCCUUAAAAAACACCACCGCCUCGGGUUCCUCAAACACGACAGCGUUUGGUAAUGCCACUACUAGCGCAUUUGGUCAACCCUCAUUUGGGCAGUCCGCCUUUGGACAGCCUUCUACAUCUUCCUCUGUACAGACAGCCCAGCCUACCUCGGCCUUUGGGCAGGCAGCCUCAGCACCGUCUGCGUUCCAACAAGCCGCACCCCAGUCUAACUCCGUUUUCGGCCAACCUUCGCAGCCGAGCUCGGUGUUCGGUCAGUCAUCCCAGCCUUCAUCCUCUCUUAUCAAACCAGCCACUUCGGGUGCAUUCGGGGCGUAUGCAAAUAGCGCCCCGACCGCGUUUGGUGCUGGUGCUCCUCCAACCCCGAACACCACGAGCGGGGGUUUUGCCUCAUUCACAAAUCCUAGUGGUCAGGCAACCGCAUUCGGAGCAGCAGCCGCUGCCCCUUCUACCACUACAUCAGCUUUCGGAACCGGAGGAUCCACCGGUUUCGCUACUUCCAGUUCUGGACCAGUGACCUCCGCCUUUGGAUCACAGGCAUCGAAUAAUGUUUUUGGGUCAUCGAUGUCUGGUGCUCCUCCUUCUGCGUUCGGGUCUUCAGCUACACCUGCAUCUACCUCAGCCUUUGGUUCCCCUUCAGUAUUUGGGUCGACAGCAAUGCCUACAAACGCAGCACCAGUUUCGUCUGUCUUUGGAGCGCCUGCUCCAGUAUCAGCGUUUGGGGUCGCCGGCCAGGCUGCUGCUCCCUCUGCCUUUGAUUCUUCGAGUGCUUUUGGGUCAAACACCUCCAUGUCUUUUGGUAGCAGUGGUGGUGGUUUCGGAGCCCCACCAGCUGCACCCAAGAAGAGCUUGUCGUCUGUUCCGGAUUUUAAAUCCGCCAUGUCGCAAUCCUACGUCCAAGGAAAGUGCCCGUAUGACUCUCAACUACCUGCCAAUUACUUGUCUGAGGUGGUACCUAAGAAUGUUAUUGAGCUGUUUAAAGCGGAGAAAUUUGAGUGGGGGAAAGUGCCGGAUUGGAUUCCGCCUUUGGAAUUGAGGUGAUUUAAAUCACUUUCACUUUCACUUUCCCUGCAUUUUUAGUACAAUUAUCGUAUGUUAUCUUUGUAAUUAUGUAUCAAUAUGGAUAUCUUUAGUUGA